AUGCGAGCGACAUCUACUUGUGCUUAUAUUCUUGACCAGUCUACCGCAUCAGGUAAUGCACCGAGGCCGAAAGGCAAACGAGCCAUGGAUUCAUUUCUCGAAGAGAUCAAGAGGCAGCAGGCCAUGCGAGAGGCCAGGUAUUCCUAUUCUUCCUAUGGGCGCUCAACUGUGUUGCAUUUCAAUUAUGAAGGACAGAGUGGUAGCAAGGACAGCGGUGAUCCUGAGGUGAGGGUGAAUACCUUUGCUUUUCUUCGUUUUCAGAUGGUUUCUUUCGCAGACUUCCAACCUUUUGUGGCCAAUUUACCCUCCAAUGUUACCGAGCAAUCUCUUGGGUACUCUCCACAAAUCGAUGAUAUUCAGGUCGAUUUCCCCGUGCAGGUUUCAAAUCAUCGGCCCAUAGAUGAAACUCGUGAUGGGCAAGAACUGGUGUUGAUGUCUGGUAGCCACUGGUAG